AUGUUUAAGCUCAAUUCCAGGGUUUCAACUGGUGAGUUUGCAGCUGGCUGCGGGCACCGCGCAGCCUCAGCUGGUGUACCGGUGGGGCGCAGCAGAGGAAGUCACCGGCAGCCGGAAGACAAACCACCCACCGUCACCACCGAACGACCGAUUUCCUCAAGAUCCGAAGCAAUGGCACGCCCAGUCGUCAACGUCCGCUCAACAUCCGGUCAAUCCUCGAGCACCAUCCCCCUCCCCGCAGUCUUCACUGCCCCGAUCAGAAACGAUGUCGUCCAGGACAUCCACAAGAACUUAGCCAAGAACAAGCGUCAAGCAUACGCCGUUUCGUCCAAGGCCGGUGAACAAACCUCUGCCGAAUCGUGGGGAACUGGUCGUGCAGUUGCCCGUAUUCCUCGUGUCGGAGGUGGCGGUACUCACCGUUCUGGUCAAGCUGCUUUCGGUAACAUGUGUCGAGGUGGUCGCAUGUUCGCCCCAACAAAGAUCUGGAGAAAGUGGCACGUCAAGACCAACUUGAAGCAGCGCCGUUACGCUAUUGUUUCGGCGAUCGCCGCCACCGCAGUUCCUUCAUUGGUCCUUGCCCGCGGUCACCGAAUUGAGAAGAUCGCCGAGGUCCCUCUCGUCAUCGCUGACGAGGUCGAGUCGAUCUCCAAAACCAAGGAGGCCGUCGCCGUCUUGAAGUCGCUCAAUGCCCAUGCCGAUGUCAUGAAGGUCUCCAACUCUCGCAAGGCCCGUGCCGGUAAAGGAAAGAUGCGUGGCCGCCGCUACCGUCAGCGUCGUGGUCCCCUCGUCAUUUACAACGAGGACAAGGGUAUCGUCCGUGCUUUCCGAAACAUCCCCGGUGUCGAACUCGUCUGUGUCCACCGAAUGAACCUCCUUCAACUUGCCCCUGGAGGUCACAUUGGUCGAUUCUGCAUCUGGACUCAAGGUGCCUUUUCCCAGUUGGACGAGCUUUACGGCACUUACGACAAGCCCGCCACUUUGAAGAAAGACUUCUCGUUGCCCAUCUCCAAGGUCAGCAACGCCGAUAUCAGCCGAGUAAUCAACAGCGAUGAAAUCCAAUCGGUCCUCAGACCCGCCGGCCCUUCUCGAGUCAAACGACCAUUCACCCAGAAGAAGAACCCAUUGAAGAACCGAGCCCUCCUCUUCCGACUCAACCCAUACGCCAAGGUGCUGAUCCGAAACGAGACUCUCAAGCAGGCCAAGAACUUGAAGGUCAAGGCUGCCGCCGAAUCCAAGAAGGGCACCAAGAAGAUGGUCCCCGCAGGCGAGAAAUUCCUGUCCACCCUCCAAGCCCCUUGA